UAAAUGGAACAGAGAGUCCCUUGUUCUGAACUUUUCAAUGCUCGGCUACUGGCCGGAUGCUCGUUUGCGAAGCAGUAGCAUUUUGUCUCGAUCUAUCGACACUCUCCCAUGUGUCAUUCGAAGCAGUGCCUCCUUACAAGCUGACUUAUAACAGUAACGAAUUCCGACGAUUUCGAUGAUUUGUUCGCCCGUGUAUCGUGGAACGAUAAUGCCAAAAGUCUUUCGAACUCUGUCGAAACAAGUGAAUCGUUAAAACUUCGUUGGGAAUUCUCGUUGCGCCAAUCAUGCUUCGUAGACACGUCGAUCCUUGAUUAACUACAUAGUAUGUUAAGUGUUUAAUGGGGAACUGUAUCCGAUAUUUCAGUGAGCAUACUUAUCGCUAUGACAAUUAUGCAGAAGCAUUACAGAAUUCGAUGCUGUCGAUAUCUGUUCGAUCAAGACGACCAUAGAAAGCAAUCAAUGAUAUGUGUAAACGUCGCCGCAGGAGGAUUGAGCUCUGUUACCCUCCGACUCUGAACUGUUGUGUUAAAUCGGCGAGAUCGCCCUCCGUGUAAUAUGCCCUGACAGUAUCGAGCAACAAAUGUGAAUUGCAAAGAUGACCGAUCCCAUUGCGAGCAAGUGGAUAUUGAUCGGAUUAUUAUCAAUUCCGUUCGUCCUGAUCGUGUCUUCCGAUCGAAUCGACACGGGGUUGCACGUAGGAGUCGAAGAGGACAAAGCGACCUCGAUGUUCUACGAUUAUUACAAAGACAUAAGUGAAAACGAGAGCACGGAGAACACGGAGAAACCGUUCAAAAACAAGCCCGACACUUUGUCGCGUCUUUUCAAAAUGAACAUCGAUCGAUUGAAGAAUCAAACGGAUCAGAUGGAAUUAAUUUUCCUGGUCGACGCGUCGGGUUCCGUCGGCUUGAAGAACUUCCAAUGCGAGCUGAACUUCGUGAAGAACCUUCUGUCGGACUUCAUCGUGGGGCCCACGGCUACCAGAGCCGCGAUCGUAACGUUCGGCGGAAGACGAAACAUCAGGCGCAACGUCGAUCAAAUAUCUCGUGCCGGCGACAACGAUCACAAGUGCUAUUUAUUAAACAAACAAUUAAGCAACGUUAAUUACACCGGCGGCGGGACAUACACGCGCGGCGCUCUCAUCGAGGCCAUCAGGAUCCUCGAGAAAGCCAGGCAGACCGCGAAGAAAGCAGUGUUCCUUAUCACCGACGGCUUCAGCAAUGGCGGCGACCCACGACCCGCCGCGAAUCUUCUGAAAAGUGCAGGUGCGACGAUAUUCUCUUUCGGGAUUCGAACUGGCAACGUUCAAGAGCUCCAAGAUAUAGCCAGCUUUCCCGGAUACUCGCACAGCUACUUCCUCGAUAGUUUCGCAGAGUUCGAGGCUUUUGCGCGACGCGCUUUGCAUCGCGAUUUGAGAACGGGGAAAUACGAGCCAGUGACGUUAUCGGACAAUUGCAACAUCUUGUGCGGCAACAUCAGCGAAACCGGAAACGAUCAGAGCUGCUGCGAUAAUUUCGCGACGUGCUCCUGCGGUAUCGCGACCGGGCAUUAUGCUUGCAUUUGCCCGACCGGGUACUUUGGCUCGGGUUUCAAAGGAUCCUGUCAACCGUGCCCGAAUGGCACCUACGCCUUGGAAGAGAUUUCCGGCGAUUCAACGUCCACCUGCGUACCUUGUCCUGACGUGAACCACGUGACUGUUAAAGUACCAGCAACUUCGUUGGAAGAUUGCGUUUGUGCGUCAGGAUUCAUCACCGACGGAAACAAGUGCGAAGUGAUCACGUGUCCCAGAUUGAAGAUCCCCGAGAAUGGAUAUCUGGUUAAAGCGAGCGCGUGCAAUAACGUGGUGCAUGCAGCUUGUGGCAUAAGAUGCAGAAUCGGUUUCUACCUAACAGGCGAUAGUAUUCGACUCUGCAGCAAAGAUGGUAAUUGGUCUGGAAACGAGCCGAAAUGUUUACUGAAAACAUGUCCGGCACUUCGAGCACCCUCGCACGGUCGAGUGCGGUGCCAGAACGAAGAUGAUCAACAGUUGAUCACAGAGGGCGAUACAGCAUUCCCGAUCGACACUCGUUGCCAAUUUCGAUGCGACAAUGGCUAUCAGCUUCGCGGGAGCAAGCUUCGUAAUUGUUUGCCUUUGUCGCAAUGGGAUGGCCUCAAGGCAACGUGUAAAGGGAUAAAAUGCGAGCCUCUGAAGCGAAUACCGCAUGGGAAGAUCUCACCCGAAAUUUGUUCCGGGCCGGAGAAGGUACCGUUCGCCACAAAUUGCACAAUUACGUGCAAGAAAGGUUUCGUACUCGAUGGUCCGCGUGCAAGAAUGUGCGGAGGACGCUCCGGAGUCUGGACGCAACGACGCAGCGUUAACCGCUGCAUAGACAAAGUACCACCCACGAUAACGUGUCCACCGGACGUCGUCGUUGAAAGUUUGCCGGGGAAAAAUUAUGCACACGUAAAUUGGACGAGCCCUGUGGUCACUGACAACGCGGACGAUUCACCGACGGUUUGGAGCAAACCGUACGUUACGAUGCCUUGGAAAGCAAAAAUCGGUUCGCGUACUGUCGUUUACAUGGCGCAGGACUCAACCGGGAAUAAAGCUAGAUGCAAAUUCAAAGUCAAAGUUCUCGACACCGAGCCGCCGAUGAUCGAGAACUGUGUAGAUCCACCGAUACUUUUCACUGAUAACGGGAUCGGGAUAAGCAACGUGACUUGGGAUGAACCCGGUUUUUACGAUAACUCGAAAACACCGGUACGAGUGGAACAAAAUCAUCGUCCUGGCGAAAGCACAUUCCCGAUUGGACUUACGACAGUCGUGUACAACGCGAUCGAUAAGUAUGAUAACGUGGCGAGUUGUGCGUUGAACAUCACUAUAAAAGAUGUAUGUCAAGAAAUUCCGCAAGUGUUGCACGGAUAUUCAAAUUGUUCGACGUUGGAGAAUAAGACAGACGAGUGCGCUCUGGUUUGCGACGAUGGGUUCCAGUUCGCUAACGAACUUCCAAAUCUUCGUGCCGUGGAAGAUGUAUUGUUAUUAAAGUGCAAUACAAGUAACAUGAAUUGGACCGAAGAAAAUUAUAUUUACGACUGUUCUGAAUCAACUGCGCCGAAGACCGUAUCUCAAGAAGGAAGCAUCGUCUUAGAAGGGAAUGCAACGUGCGACAAUCGAACGACCCUGCGCGAAUUGAGCGAGUACAUCACGGCCGAUCUAAGAUCGACGUUGCUCAACAUUUGUGGCAAUGACGUCGAAUGCAAUCUGAUCACCUUCGAUCCUGAGUGCAAGGCGGACGCCGAAUUAGCGGAAGACCUCUAUUCCAACUCGUUAAGGAAACGGAGGGACUCAAAUUCUAACAUCUUUGCAUUCGAAUUGUUUUUCAACGAAGACCCUGCGUACGAUGUCGAUGAUAAAACGAAGAAGAACGUUAAAAGGAACGAGGAUUCUAGUAGAAACAAAUCAAGGGCGAUGAAAAGGAAAGAAAAAAUCGAAAUAAAGUUCAAAAUUCUCGGAAAAAUCGUCGAGGAAAACGUGAACAAUCCGAGAGAAGGAAUAAAAAAGUUGAGGCAUAAGAUGGAGUCAAUGUUGCAGUUCGGGAAACUGAAUUUGUUGGACGAGAAGACUAAUCGACAGAUCGCCGAACUUGCGUUGAACCUACAUGUCGUUUUCAAAAAUUUCGAAGAGCUUUGCGAGCCAGGAAGCGUUCUCAAAAAGCACUCUUGCGUGAAAUGUCCGUUGGGAACUUUCUUCGACGCGUCGGCUCAUCGAUGUCGACCGUGUCCUUUCGGCGAAUACGAAGAUACUACCGGCUCCUUAAAAUGCAAACGGUGUCCUGAACAGACGUCCACGAAGAGAAUGCAUUCGAGAUCUAUGCGUGAUUGCAUACCUUUGUGUCGGCCAGGAUAUUACUCCCGAAAGAAACGAUACCACGGUAUCCGUAUAGCUCUCGAGCCUUGCCUAAAAUGCGACAUUGGAUCUUACCAGUCGGACUAUGGACAAAAUCAUUGUCUGUCUUGUCCAUCCAAUACUACCACAGAAAAUCGUGGUUCCAGGGAUGUAAACGAUUGCUUGCCACUGUAUAAAAUUGACGCAAAUACUUGCCAAUUUGGAUCAUGCUUGAACGGUGCACAGUGCGUGCAAGAAGACAACGACUUCAGUUGCGAGUGUCUCGAUUAUUAUGUCGGAUCAAAAUGCGAGAUGUUCCGAAAUCCAUGCGACUCUUCGCCAUGUUUGCACGGCGCAACUUGUAACAUUCAUAAUCUCGCGAACAGCGCAGUAAAUUAUAGUUGCUCGUGCGAGAAUGGUUACACGGGGCAUAACUGCGAACUUCGCAUCGACGAGUGCGCUCUGAACACCUGCCGAAACAAUGGCAGUUGCGUUAGCACGGAAAACGAUUAUAACUGCGAAUGCAAGGAUGGUUUUGAAGGAGAAUUUUGUGAAAUUCUCAUGGAUCGCUGCGAUCCUCCGCCAUGCUUGGAGGGAUCUACCUGUCGCACUGUUAAUGAAACCUGGCAAUGCAUUUGUAAGCCUGGUUUCCUCGGGCGUCAUUGCAAUUUGUUGCCUUGCGACUGGUUGCCUUGUCAAGGGAAUUCCUACUGCGUGAAUAUUGAAGAGGAAAAUGCAACACGGUCGAGCUACAGAUGCCAAUGUAACGAUGGUUAUACCGGAGAAAAUUGCACAACAAGAAUAGAUCACUGCGGUAGCCUUCCAUGUCGAAAUAAUGGAACAUGUUCGAAUGGAAUUUACAAUUACACGUGCACCUGUCCUAUCCCGUUCACAGGAGGCAAUUGCGAGACUGAAUUGCCAUCCGAUUAUGUCGUGCAUUUUACUAAAUCAGGGACCACUGACUACGUCAGAAUGAACGGUCCGGCAGUUAAUAUCGCCGAGUUAACGGCAUGCUUGUGGUUGCAAUCGAAGGACACAUUUAAUUAUGGAACUGUACUCUCGUACGCAACGCGUUAUUAUGACAACACGUUCACAUUAACCGAUUACAACGGACUCGUUAUAUACAUCAAUGGGCAGAAAGUAGUCACCGAUAUCAAGGUGAACGAUGGUCAUUGGCAUUUCGUUUGCAUUACCUGGGAAGGCGAAAAUGGCAUCUGGAAUGUAUUUAUCGACGGACUUUUGCGAGAUAAUGGAUCUCGUUUAGCCAAAAAUACUGUUAUUCAAGGCAAUGGUACUCUCGUGAUCGGGCAAGAGCAAGAUCGAGUCGGGGGUGGAUUCUCCGAAUCAGAAUCCUUCCUGGGAAAAGUAACUUUGCUAGAUAUUUGGAACAGAAUUUUAUCAGCGGCAGAAGUAAAACAUUUAUUCAACACCUGUGACAAAUAUUAUGGUAACAUGAUCGCGUGGCCGCAGGUGCAAGUGCACGCACACGGCGACAUCGCGAUACUGGGCAGCUCGUUCUGCCGCGGAUGUCCUUUGCCAGUCGUUCCGUUUAAAGGGAGUAUAAAUGUCAGUGAAGAUUUGUCGGAGAUCACUUACCACUGCGAUCUCGGUUACGCGGUGCGAUUUCGGGGAAAGGAGCAUCGAUCGUUGAAAAUGAAAUGUCUGAAACAAGGACAUUGGGAAGGCUACUAUAGCCCUGUCUGCGCUAGGAAAAGGUGUGGCUUCCCAGGAUAUUUUCCUCGAGGUCGCAUACACGGUAAAUCGUAUUUCUUCGGGAACGAGAUACAUUAUUCUUGUUUGAGCGGGUAUCAGCUUCUAGGAAAUCCUCGUAGAAUCUGUAAUGCUGAAGGAAAAUGGACUGGCGUGGCUCCUGUUUGCAUAGGAAGAACGUGUAAGAAUUUACUGGCUCCAGAACACGGUGACAUCGAGUACGUGAGAGAGGAAUACGAGAGAGACGAUCUGUCGAUUCUUCAGGUGGGUCAGCAACUGGAGUUUAAAUGUGAUACGGGAUAUCAUUUAGUUGGCGAGAAGUUCUUGACGUGCUUAGAGUCGGGAUUAUGGGAUCAUGAGAGACCAACGUGUGAAAUUUACGGAUGUCCAUCGCCAAAGGAAAUCGAUCACGGUUACAUAAUUUUUACCAAUUCCAAUAAUCUACACGAGACUUCUACCAUAAGCUUGGAUGCGAAGACGUUUAAUAAAACUAUCGAAAGAAAUUAUUAUUUCGAUGAUAUUGUUGGAUACUCUUGUCAUGCGGGAUACAAAUUUCAGAGACAACAUAAUUUAUUGACUGAAUUUAAACUUCGAUGUACGGAAAAUGGUACUUGGAGUGGAUUCGUUCCUGAUUGUGUGCCGCUUAAAUGUUCCUGGCCUGGUACCAUAGAUAAUGGCAAAAUAUUUUUAAAAACGCAAAAUGAUACUGUCGAGUUCUUAAAAGCUGUAGUACCAAAUACUACAAAGGAGGAUACGACAUUAAAAGAAAAUAGUGAUCUGGAAGAUCAGUUAGUUGUUGGCUCACAAAUUUUGAUAAAAUGUGAUACAGGAUACAAAUUAAUUGGAGACAACAUUGGGACAUGCAUGAACAAUGAAAAAUGGUCAUUGACGUUACCGUCUUGUAAGCCUACUGAAUGUUCUAUCCCAGAGUGUCCACUUUUUAAAUAUCUUUAUAGAGAAAUAGGUGACAAUAAUCAUACUAAUAUCUGGAGGAAUAAUAUUAGGGAACAGAAUGUGUAUUUUAAUGGGACCUAUAAAAACUUAGAAUACUUUGUAAAAGGUCAUAGUUAUAAAGAUCAAAUAGUUCUUGCUUGUAAGAAUAACAAUGAAAUCAAGAUAACCGAUGGUAAUGGUAAUAUACAUGUUUCCAAUUUAACGUGGUCUUGUAGUAAGAAUGGUACUUGGCAAAUCGAUUAUUUAAAAUUAAAUAGUGACAUAAACGAAAAUUUAUUUGACAACGGAUUAGUUGAUAUCUGCCAAGAAACGAUUUGUCCUUUAGUUACAAUUCCAGAAUAUGGAUACAUUGUUGGAAAUAGUAAUAAUUAUUCAAGAAUUGUUAACAGUAGCAUUAUGUUCAAAUGUCGUCAUGGUUAUAUACUUGAAGGCAAUGGAGAAUCUGUCUGUUUUCCAAACAGCACAUGGUCAUCAGUUCCUUCUUGUAAACCUGUAGUAUGUGGGAAGCCACCAAAACUUAUAAAUAUGGUGUUAAAAGAAGACAGUAUUGAAACAGUAAGUUUCAUAUUUGGCAACAUGAUUACAUAUCAGUGUCUACCUGGAUACUUAAUGUUUGGCCAACCGAAUGCACGAUGUCUCGCAAGUGGAAAUUGGUCCAAAGUGUACGGUACAUGUUCAAAGCUAUCAUGUAAUAAACCAAAACUUCCACCCGGUGUCACUGUACAUGGUCGUUCAUAUUUAUAUCAAGAUCAGUUGACGUAUGUGUGUCCUAACAGCAGGAAACAGGGAUUGAUAACGUGUAAAGCAGACGGUCAAUGGAGUGAUCCACCAAACUGCAAUGAUCAUUGACAAGGGAAAUUUCUAGCAUAAUUAAAAUAAAUCAUUGUAAUAAAUUUAUGUGACAGUUUUUUAUUCAAUGUCAAAAUUAUCAGAUCUUCAAUUUUUAUAUUUUUUUUGUUCAACACUCCAUAAGUGUGUUUUCACCAAAUAAUAUUUUAAUACUGUACAAGAGAUACAUUUAUCAAUAAAAAAUUGCAAUGUUAUUCUUAGAA